CCGCCACCCAUUCCACCCUUUUUCUCCUCCGCUUUCCUUUCUGUUUCUUGGCGUGCCCCCUACCCUUCCCUCCCGACUCACGUUCUUCACUUCACCCACUCCCCCUCUCCUCUCCCCUUCCGCCUUAAACCCAAGCAAUCCAGCCGAGCGCGACGCCCGCCCAUCGUCUCCGUCCCAGGCGACACUCCGAAACCCUAGCCACUCGGCCGGCUCCGCCACCGCACGCCAAUGCCCCACCCCCAAACCCUAGCAGCAGCAGCAUCCUCCUCCUGUUGCUAGUCCUAGCCCUCCUUUUCCGUGUUCCGGAACCGAGUGCUCGAAGAUGGCGGCCGACCCAGCCACCGCCGCGGCAGUGGCGGCGAUCUCCGCCGUGAUGGACUGGCGCUCCUCCCCCGACGCCCGCGCCGCCGCCUUCGCCUAUCUCGAAUCGGUUAAGAGCGGAGACGUUCGAGCAUUGGCGAGUACAUCAUUUCUCUUGGUCCGGAAGGACCAGGUUUCGGAGAUCCGCUUGCACGGGUUCAAAAUGUUGCAGCACUUGGUGAGAUUGAGGUGGGAGGAACUCAGUGCUGCAGAGCGGAAUGAAUUCGCUAAUUUUACUAUUAAUUUGAUAUCAGAGGUUGUUGGCCCCCACGAGGAGUGGGCUUUGAAGAGUCAAACAGCUGCUUUAGUAGCAGAGGUAAUUAGAAGGGAGGGAGUUGCUUUGUGGAACACUUUACUCCCAUCUAUUGUUUCGCUGUCUAACAGCGGUCCUAUUGAGGCUGAGUUAGUUGCCAUGAUUUUAAGGUGGCUUCCAGAGGACAUCACUGUUCAUAAUGAGGAUUUAGAGGGUGAUAGACGGAGAUCACUGUUGCGUGGCCUUACUGAUUCACUGCCACAAAUUCUGCCGCUGUUAUAUUCUCUACUUGAGAAACAUUUUGUUGCUGCUUUAAAUGAGCACACGAAGCAGCAAAUGGAGUUGGCUAAACGACAUGUGGGGACAGUGACAGCUGUUCUCAAUGCUAUCAAUGCAUAUGCUGAAUGGGCUCCUGUGACAGAUCUUGCUAAAUACGGUUUAAUUCAUGGAUGUGGGUCCUUACUUUCUUACAGUGAUUUUCGCCUCCAUGCUUGUGAGUUUUUUAAAGUAUUAUGUCAGAGAAAACGAUCUGUGGAUGUCGCAGUUGGUGAGUAUGAUGCUGCAAUGUCCAACAUUUUCCAGGUGUUGAUGAAUAUUUCACAACAAUUUUUAACCAAAUCUGGGACGCAGCCCAGUGCUAUUGAUGAAAGUGAAUAUGAGUUUUCAGCGUGUAUUUGUGAGACAAUGGUUGCUCUAGGAUCCUCUAACAUGCAAUGCAUACUAGCUGAUGGAGCUAGGACCUUCCACUUCCUACAACAAAUGCUGGAAUAUUACCAACAUUACAGGAUUGCUCUUCAUUUCCAAUCUUUAUUAUUUUGGCUGGUGGUAUUGAGAGAACCAUCUAAAGCUAAGUCUGUCGCCCGUGUUUCUGGUGAUAACUCUGCUUCUGUUAAUUCUGCAUCCGCUGGUGACAGUUCAACGGAAAAGGAGAAAAAAGGGGUAUCGGUAUUUGUUACUGAUGAAAUAUACAGUACAAUUUUGGAUGUUUCUUUGAAAAAAAUGCUCAAGAACAGUCCAAAUGCAUCUUCUGGGUUGUUAGAAGUGUGGAGUGAAGAGCUUGAGGGGAAAAGUGACUUCAGCAACUACCGCACUAAAUUGCUGGAUCUCAUUAAAGUUAUUGCUUCUCAAAGACCUGUUAUUGCUGCAGCAAGCAUCGUACAGAGAAUAAAUGUUGUUUUCGGAGACACUAGUCAAGCAACUAAAUGCCCCCAGGAUAUUGAUGCAAUGGAAGGUGCUCAACUGGGUCUUGAAGCAGUUGUCAGUACCAUAUUUGAUGGCUUAGUUGAUUAUGGAAAGACUGAUCAGGAGACAAAAUUCCAAAUUCACAGUAUCUUUGCAGGCUUACUUCAGCAGCUUUUUUCUAUAAAGUGGACAGAACCGAGCCUUGCAGUUAUUCAUGGUCAUUAUUUGGAUGCUUUGGGUCCUUUCCUGAGACAUUAUCCAGAUGCAGUUGCCAGUGUUGUUAAUAAGCUUUUUGAACUGUUGACAUCUCUCCCCAUAACAUUUCAGGACCCAUCAAACAAUUCCCGCCUAGCUAGGUUGCAGAUUUGCUCGUCAUUCAUUCGCAUAUCAAGAGCUGCUGAUAAAGCACUUCUGCCUCACAUGAAGAACAUUGCCGACACCAUGUCUUACCUUCAAGGAGAGGGUCGCUUGCUACGUGGCGAACAUAAUCACCUAUGUGAAGCAUUUCUUGUGAUGACAUCCUCUGCUGGGAUUCAACAGCAACAGGAAGUCCUGGCCUGGUUACUUGAACCUCUUAACAAAAUGUGGACCCAAGUGGAAUGGCAAACUGCAUAUUUGUCUGACCCAUCUGGUUUGACAAGCAUGUUUGCUGAUAGCCAAUUUAUGUGGUCAAUUUAUCACACAGUUACGUUCUUUGAAAAGGCACUCAAGAGGAGUGGAACCAAAAAGUCUGCAGCAACUCCACAAGCACCCACCACAACAGCAGCAACCGGUUAUCUGCAUCCAAUGUCUUCACAUCUACCAUGGAUUCUGCCUCCUCUCUUAAGGUUGCUGCGAUGUAUACAUGCACUUUGGGCUGAGCCAUUUGCUCAGUCUCAGACAGGGGAAAUCAAAGCUGCAAAAAGCAUGACUGUUGGGGAGCAGGCUAGCCUUCUAGGAGAGACAGGUAAACUCACCAAAGGACAGGUUGCACCUGCUGAUGGAUUGCUGGAUGCUCACAGAGAGGGAGAGUCUAAGGAAAAUAGCAUAAGAAACUGGUUACGUGGUAUCCGUGACAGUGGGUAUAAUGUUUUAGGAUUAGCAGCUACUCUUGGGGAAGCAUUCUUUCGAUGCAUAGAGGGUCCCUCUGUCACCCUUGCUCUUAUGGAGAAUGUUCAAGUUAUGGAGUUUCGGCAUUUGCGCCAACUUAUCCACCUUGUUAUUGUUCCGUUUGUUAAAUUUUGCCCUGCUGAACUAUGGCAAGGGUGGCUAUUGAACCUUUUGCAGCCAUUAUUUGUCCACUGUCAGCAAGGUCUUCAUUAUUCAUGGUCCAGUCUUCUUCAUGAGGGCCGGGCUAAGGUUCCAGACAGUAUUGGUAAUCUUUCUGGGUCAGAACUGAAAGUUGAGGUAAUGGAAGAGAAGUUGCUACGUGACUUGACUCGUGAAGUAUGUUCUGUGCUUUGGGUUUUAGCUUCACCAGGCUUAAAUAGUGGACUUCCAUCUUUGGAACAACUUGGACCUUCCAACCGGAUGGAUUCUUCUCUGAAGGAUUUGGAGUCCUUUGCUUUGAGUUCUCUCAUGGGGUUUCUUACGCUUCAUGGUGGCACUGCCCUUCCUGCAUUGAGGAUAUCAGUUGAAGUGUUCACUUGGACAGAUAGUGAGGCAGUGACUAAAGUUAUCCCCUUUUGCGGUGCACUCAUUCACCUUGCUGUUGCUACAAACCAGGCUGAGUUGAGGCAGUUUGUUUCAAAGGAUCUAUUUUCUUCUAUAAUACAUGGCUUAUCUGUUGAGUCGAAUUCAAUAAUGAGCGCAGAACUUGUUGGACUUUGUCGGGAGAUAUAUAUCUAUCUGUCAGAUAGAGAUCCUGCACCUAGGCAGGUUCUUCUGUCCCUCCCACACAUAAAGCAGGAAGAUUUGCUAGCCUUUGAUGAUUCUUUGAGUAAAACUGCUAGUCCAAAAGAACAAAAGCAACAUAUGCGAAGCUUACUUCUGCUGGCUACAGGGAACAAAUUGAGAGCUCUUGCUGCUCAGAAGACAACAAAUGUGAUUACCAAUGUUACAACUCGAAAUAGGAGCUCUACCACGCACCAUGGAUCCAGUGCCGAAGAUGGGCACAUUGGAUUGGCUGCAUUAUCACAAACAUGACCUGCUAAAAUUUCUGUCUGUACAAAAGGAUAUUACAAUGUUAUAGAAUGGAUCCUGAUGUGGUAUGCUAUUGGCGGAUGUCAGAUUCUUGCAGCAUCAAUGUGUGAGGAUUGAUGCAUUCUUGGUUAUAUGGUUAUAACUGAGCUGUCAUGAGCAACUGACCGAUUCUUGGUUUGGAGUUUGGACGACUUGUUUUCUAGAUUGUGUCUAACCUCGCUUCUGUGUAUGGUUUUGGGGGAGGUAGUGAAAGUGGUGUAUGUAGUCACGAAUGUAGUUCACAGCAACAUAGUAAUAUACUAAACACUUGUUGCAUUUGUACCUGUGAUCCGUUUAGGCCGAGGCGCUCAGAUUCUGAAACAGGCAAGGUGAUAUACCGAAUGAUAAUGCACUCACAUCAACCAAAAACAUAAUGUACCACAGUAGUCAUGCUAUGCAUUAACGCUUAAUUUUCUA